AUGCGCUUGUCUUUUUUAAUAAGUGUGCUUGGCUGCGGCUCUGCACUUGCGGAUUCAGCGUGUCCGCUUGUUGAUAUUGAUGAUGUGAAAGGGAAGACUUAUGAUUAUGUUAUUGUUGGUGGUGGAAUAAGCGGAUUGGUUACUGCGAAUCGUCUGUCCGAGGAUAGAGAUAAAACGGUGUUGAUCAUUGAACGUGGUUACUUUGAUGAUAAGCCCGAGGCUAUCUUACCUUAUUAUGCCAAAGGUGUUGAUGAAAGUGUGAUGAUGAGACCUAGGUCCGCUCCGGUUGCGCGAUUGAAUAAUCAGACUUUUGGUGUUGCUGUUGCUGCUGUUGUGGGUGGUGGUUCUGUCGUAAAUGGCAUGAACUACAUGCGUGGUAGCAAAGCAGACUACGACAAUUGGGAAUCCCUCGGAAACUCAGGCUGGGGCUGGCAAAACCUCUUUCCCUAUCUCCGCAAAAGCACAACAUUCUUCCCACCCUCACCCCAGACUGUCACUAAAUUCAACGUCACCUGGGAUCCUGCCGUCUUUGAUCACGGUCCCCUCAGCGUCAACAUCGACGAUUUGCUGUUCCCAGAUCUUCUCUCUGUGUGGUCGGCAUGGCGUGUCAACAGACCUGACGUCCCAAAACCGCUAGACAGUUCCGCAUCAAUCGGUCCUGGAGUUUAUUGGCAGGCCAAUACGAUUGAUCCACGUGAAGGAGUAAGAGCUACGGCGAGAAGGAAGUAUUAUGAUCCAAUUUGUGCGAGGAGGAAGAAUUUGGUUAUCGUAACAGGACAGACGGGGAGGGAGAUUCUGUUUCGCGGAUUGAGGGCCACGGGUGUAGAGAUUGUUUCGAGGGGUGAUGGCAGUGUCUACCAAGUUUUUGCUAGGAAAGAAGUAAUUCUCGCCGCUGGUGCAAUCAUGACUCCCCAACUCCUCCAAGCAAGCGGUAUAGGUCCAAAAUCAGUCCUCACAGCCGCCGGUAUCAGAGUCAAAAAAGAUAUGGCCAGCGUAGGAGCAAAUUUCCAAGACCACCCCACAGCAUACAUGUCCUUCAACCUCUCCAACCUCUCCUUUCCCAACCCUACCACCCUCGACAACAACGCAACCUACAACGCAACAGCCUGGGCGCAAUACGCACUCAACCGCACCGGUCCCAUCGCCACCGGCCGAGGUCCCGCAGCAGCCUUCCUCUCCCUCACACACAUUACCUCCGCCUCCACCGCACAAUCCAUAUCCACAUCCCUCCUCGCGCAAAACGCCGCCGACUACCUGCCCCCCAUCUACGCCGACCCCAAACUCCUCCGCGGCUUCAUAGCCCAACGUGCCAUUCUCGCCUCCCGCUUCACAUCCAACACCAUGUCCAUCGCCGGCUUCCCCAUGUCCCCCAGCGGCGCGUCCCCAGCUAUCCUCUUCAAAUCCCUCUCCCGCGGCACCGUCACGCUGAAUCUCACGCAUCCCUUCGCUCUGCCCGUCGUACAAUACAACACCUUCCAAAACCCCAUCGAUCUGAAGGUCAUGCUCGCCAUGGUACGUCACUCGCGCAAUUUCUGGAAGUUGCCUGAGCUGGCCAAGUUCAGUCCGGUAGAGGUGUCGCCUGGCGCGCAGUAUGUGAGUGAUGAGGCUUUGACGGAGGCACUCAGUAAAGGGGGAUUGGUGCCUUCGUUGGCACAUCCGAGUGGGACGUGUGCACUUAUGCCGGAGGAGCUAGGGGGGUGUGUGGAUGAGAAAUUGAGGGUUUAUGGGGUCAAGGGGUUGAGGGUUGUGGAUGCGAGUAUUAUGCCGUUGGUGCCGGGGAGUGGGUUGCAGGCUACUAUGUAUGGGAUUGGGGAGAGGGCGGGGGAGAUGAUUAGGGAGGGUGACUGA